CAGUAAGUGGAUAAAUUGUUCACGUGAAGGUAAAAGUGCAGCUAAAUCAAAUGAUACACCUAGGAUGAGGAAUAUAUCAUCGGGGCGUACGCAAUGCAAAGCUGGAAUAAAAUUAAAAAAUAUAUAUGAUGAUGAAAACAAAAUGGUUGUAGCUACAAAAAUUGAACUGGUAAACUUGGAGCAUAACCAUGAGUUCAUAACUGACGAAGCAGAGAAACAACAUUUACGUUGCAACAAAAUUAGGGAUGCUGAGUUCAUAAAUUUUGUGGAUGCAAUGCAUGAUAGCCGAGUGCCGCAGCAUUGCAUAGUUGAUUUUAUAUCAGAAAUGCAUGAUGGGCCGGAGAACGUACCGGUAACUGCUCAAGAUCUGAAAACAUGAGGGCAGCCAGGAGAAGAGAAAAUUGCUCAAAUGAUGUAGCCAAACUUUUGGCUUUCUUUAGAGAAUGCAAGAAACAGAAUCCACAAUAUUUUUUGUGAUUUCCAGCUAGACAAUGAUGGGAAAAUAGUUAGUAUUUUUUGGUCACACGCAAGUAUGCAGGGGGAAUACGCAGAUUAUGGUGAUGCUGUGACAUUUGAUACAACACACAAGACAAAUAUAUAUGAUAAACCGCUGGGCAUGUUUGUUGGAGCUAACAGCCAUCUGCAGUGUACAGUGUUUGGGUUUGUUUUGUUGGGAGAUGAAACUGUACAUACUUUUGAAUGGGCUUUCAAUUCAUUCAAAACAUGUAUGGGAUGCGAGGGUCCAAGAGUUAUGCUUACAGAUCAAGAUCCUGCAAUGCCAAUUGCUCUGAGAACUGUAUUUCCAAAAACAGUUCACAGAUUGUGCUUAUGGCAUGUACAGAACAGAUUUAUGCCAUUCCUAAAUGAGAUAUAUGCAAGGUUUGCUGUUAAGGAUUUUAAAACAACAUUCCAGUCUAUUAUACAUCAUCCAUUAACUCCUCAUGAGUUUGAAUGUGCCUGGGAAAUGAUGCUAGAGGAGUUCAAUCUUCAUGAAGAUAUGACUCUACGCAAAUUAUAUGAAAUAAGAAAAGAAUGGAUACCUGCAUUUUUUAAAAAUGACUUCUGUGGGGUAAUGGUAUCUACACAACGAAGUGAGAGCAUGAACAGAUUAGUGAAGCAAUCACAUGUAGAUGCGAACACCCCACUGCAUGAGUUCGCUAAACAAAUGAUGAAAAUGUUGCACAGCAGGAAAAUGAAAGAAUCAAAGGAGGCAUUGGUGAGCAAGGCACCAAGGACAACAAAUACAUUAUAUAGGUUCAAAGUGAGAGUCUCUAGAGCAUACACCAGAGCUGUUAUGAAUAGAUUUGAGGAAUCAAUGAAAUACGCCACUGCAUACAAAAUAUUAAAGGACCCAGACGGAUGUGAUAAUGAAUGGAUCGUACAGCAUACAAAACGGUCUAAUAAAAUUGUGUGGGGACAACAUCAAUUCAAGAUAACAACAGACAUAGAAGCUGGGGAGUAUACAUGCGAGUGCAAACAGUGGGAACAUACAGGUCUAUUGUGUGUUCAUCUUUUAAGAGCCUUCAUGCAUCUUCAAGUUGAAAAGAUACCUUCAAAGUAUAUAUUGCAAAGGUACACUGUCUCAUCAAGAAAAGAUGUUCCGUUUGAAAGAAUUGAUAAGAGCUUCAGGGGGGAGGAUGGAGUUACUAAAUCAUACAGACAGAAAAUGUUGUUAACGAAAACAAUGAAAGUAGUUCGCCAGGCGUGUAUGUCAAAAGCAGGGUACGAUAAGGCGAUGGAUGUGUUGGAUGAGCUCGAUGUCGUUCUAAGUCGAUUAGAGCCAGAUAUUGGAUGUAAUGAGUCAACAGAUGUUAGUGAUAAUGAGAAAGACAAGGAAGAAGAGUUGAAUAAAAAUAAUGCUGGCGAUGGGAUGGAAGAUGACAAUACAAUUACAUGUCAUAAUAAGGAUUCGCAUAACACCAGGACUGGAUGUGAACAUGCGUUAACAAUAAUAACAACUGGUAACCAGGAGGACAACAUGAGAAUUUCACAUAAGGUUGGUGAUACAAGUUCUCCGUGUCACGUAGCACAUGAACAAAUGGAACAUAUUAUUGCAUCCUUAGAAGCUAAAAAGUGA